CCAUACACACCCAACAGCACCAUCCCAUCCGAACCGACUCCACCAGCCAUGGGGAAGAUCACCUUCUAUGAGGACCGCGGCUUCCAGGGCCGCCACUAUGAGUGCAGCAGCGACCACUCCAACCUGCAGCCCUACUUCAGCCGCUGCAACUCUGUGCGCGUGGACAGUGGCUGCUGGAUGCUCUAUGAGCAGCCCAACUUCACAGGCUGCCAGUACUUCCUGAGGCGUGGGGACUACCCUGACUACCAGCAGUGGAUGGGCCUCAGUGACUCUGUCCGUUCCUGCCGCCUCAUCCCUCACUCCAGCUCUCACAGGAUCAGGAUCUAUGAGCGCGAGGACUGCAGAGGUCAGAUGGUGGAGAUCACCGAUGACUGCUCCCACCUCCAGGACCGCUUCCACUUCAGUGACUUCCACUCCUUGCACGUGCUGGAGGGCUGCUGGGUCCUCUACGAGAUGCCCAACUACCGGGGGCGGCAGUACCUGUUGAGGCCCGGGGAGUACCGGCGCUACCACGACUGGGGCGCCAUGAAUGCCAGGGUGGGCUCUCUGAGGAGAGUCAUGGAUUUCUACUGAGAUUUUUUUUUUUUUUUACUCUACCAUUUUCUCCAUUUGGACAUUAA